UGUGUGUGUAAACUGGGUUUCCCGUGCCAUCACAAGCCCACAUGGAGCAGCUAAAGCAGGAGGUGUACAGUGAGUCCUUCUGGCGGGCUUUGCCCGCCGAAUUCCUGGGCACGGCCGUGCUGGUGUUCUGCGGCGUGGCCAGCACUCUGGGCUGGGCUGGGCAGCAGCCCGACACCCUGCAGGUGGCCCUGGGCUUCGGGCUGGCGGUCUCUGCCGCCUCGCUCUGCACGCAGGGGGUAGGCGCCGGCCACCUGAACCCCGCCGUCAGCCUGGCCCUGCUCCUCGGUCUGCGCAUCAGUCCGCUGCGAGCGCUGCUCUCCAUCCUGAUGCAAGGCUUGGGCGCGAUCGCAGCCUGCGCCCUCCUGUACGUACUCACCCCACCCGGCGUCCGCGGAGAGCUGGGGCUCAGCAAGCCUUCUGAGGGGGUUACACAGGUCCAGGCCUUGGUGAUUGAAGUUAUUGUCACCUUUCAACUUGUACUGUGUGUUUUUGUCCUCUCACACAAGGAAAGCAACUACGAGGGAUCUGCACACUUGGCCCUCGGCAUCUCCGUGACCCUUGGACAUUUGGUGGCGAUCCGAUUCACUGGAUGCGGCAUGAACCCUGCGCGCUCCCUGGGACCUGCUGUUAUAACAUCAAACUUCUCUCAGCACUGGAUCUUCUGGGUGGGACCCCUGCUGGGGGGAGCCUUGGCUGUGAUAGUGUACAGUUUUCUGCUGUCGCCAAAGAGAACCAGGUGUGGAGAGUGCCCGAGCGCAUUGAAGACAGAUACCAAGCUGGAACACAAGGUGGAGUCCCAGCCCUAGUUACAAAGGGCAGGCCCAAACUCAGCUGCGUCACACUGCUUGACAAACAGUAUAUUCAUUUUAAUAUAUUAAAAUGUGAUUAAAAUUUUUUAAAAAUCAUGCAUUUAAUUGCAAUAAUAUAUUGAUGAUUCUGGAGAUGUAUUUACCCAAAGGCAGGCAGACCAAUAGGAAUGCAGUGUAGUCAUAUUAUGAUGUAAUGUAUCCUGUAACCAGCAAUAAACCAGUAUAUACUGAGGGCCCCAUUGAGUUAGUUGUUAACAUUUCAUCCAAACAGAACUUUGAUUCGAGAAGAAAUCCAAGCAAAUGUAGUCUUUAGACUGCAGGCAGUGGUUUGCGGAGUGAUCGGAUCUUCUAGCCAACACAUCCAGGAUAAAACCGAACCAGUUAUCUUUGCAGGUUUGUACCACAAAACAAAACUGGCCACAAUCCAAAACCUACAAUGAACAUGUUCAAUAGAACUUGGCUCAGACAUCCCAUGGAGUUCCACCUAGGCUUCUCCUCACCUUUCCAUAUCCACCCAAGCAUCAUUACCCUUUCUCUUGACCUAUCAGAUUUUUGGUGGCUCUCAGCAGAGCGAAACCAUCAGUGCCAUUUCCCCCUCUGUACUUCUCUGUACCAGACAUAACAACAACCAUUUCAGUUUCCGGCAGUGCCUGUUGCUGCCUGGUGUCUAAGAGGAAUCCCAGUCUAUGGGAACCUGGAAUUAUCAGACCCAUGGCAAUCCACUUGCACACAGCCAGGAAGGGCUUUAGGAGGUACACGCAACAAUACUGUUAUCAAUCUCAACUGCUUCAGUAAAAUAAUAAUUGAGGGCUUGUUUACUCUUACAACACUUUCAACUCAUUUGAACGUUCACUUAUUUUGUCUGUGCAGACAGAACCAUUAUUACUGUGGUAACUUGGUCUAGAAUGAAAUGUUGAGUAUUUCAUGUACCUGCAAGUUUAGACCCCAUGUGACAGGCAGGAAAAUGGAGGAGGAGGGUCAACUGGGGUCUGACAAGCUAGCGUGUCCUUGGGAUGUGGGAGGAAAUGCUUGUUGGUGUUCAGUGUUGUGGAAUUCACUUCAUCGAUUGUCUGGGGAACUGGUUAAAAAGAUCCAGCCUUGGUCAGGAGAUGCAGAACUGGGAUCUGAUUGCCCAGAACGGCCCGGUCUUUGAGAGCUGACCACAGGUAUUUUUGGUUAGCUAAACGUUGGAGUUCUAGGCUGAUGAAUCACUGUUAGAGUGAUAUCUUGUGUACUCACAAGCUCCUGAAGCAGGAUGUGUACGUUCUGCCGAUUUUCUCACACUUAAUCACCCCAGUAAAGAUACAAUCACUAUAUCAAAUGCAGCCUGUUAGGCUACGGCUGGAUUAUUUGAUACAGUUUUGCUCACCACAUUAAAGGAAGGACAUACUGGAGAUUUACCAGAAUUCACCAACUUUUCAGUUGGGAUAAGCUGGGUUUGUUUUCAUGGGAGAGGGAGGACUUGACAGAGGUGUACAAAAUCAUAAGAGGCAUAGUUCAUGUAGAAACAAAGAAACUAUUCCCCAUAGUAGAGCGGUCUAAACUUGAAUUAGGGUUAAGCAAAGGGGUAGAAGAUUUAGAGGGGAGCUGAGUGAGAACAUUUUCACUGGAGGGUAAUGAGAAUCUGGAACACACUACCUGAAAGGGGGG